CUCGCAUAAACCCUAAAUCCUCCUUCCUGCCCUAAAAGAGAAAAUGGCGCCCAUCGCUAAGCGGAGCUUGAGCUUCGCGAUCGCUGUCGCUACGCCGGAGAGAAUCACGAAGAAGCCGCGGGCGCGGGAAGAAUGGCGGAGCCUCAGCGUUCCUCCAGUGGAGCUCAAUCUCGCCCUCACGCUCCUCACAGGUCAGACAUUCUUGUGGAAGCAAACAAGUCCCGGCGUGUUCACGGGAGCUCUGGGGCCUCACCUCGUCUCGCUCCGGCAGACGCCGCAGGACACACUCUAUCGCGUCCACACGGAAUUUCCAGGCGCCAAGGAGGCGCUGCGAGAAUUCUUUACGCUGGAUACGUCGCUGGCAACUCUGUGGAGCUCUUUCAGUGCCGCGGACGAGCGAUUUGCUGCUGUGGCUCCCUACAUUCAAGGGGCGAGAGUGCUGAGGCAGGAUCCCGUGGAAUGCGUCUUCCAGUUUAUAUGCUCCUCCAACAAUCACAUCCAGAGGAUAACGAAGAUGGUGGAUUUUCUCGCUACUCAGGGCUCUCCGCUUGGCUGCGUGGAUGGACAAUCCUUCUUCCAGUUCCCGUCGCUCGAGCAACUAUCGUUCCUCACCGAGAAACAACUUAGAGACGCUGGGUUUGGAUACAGAGCCAAGUAUAUUGUAGGAGCCGUGGAGACCCUGCGUUCCAAGGAAAGUGGUGGUGAUGAAUGGCUGAAGUCCUUAAGAGAAGGAUCGCUAGAACAGGCGACUGCUGCACUGUGUACACUCCCUGGAAUCGGUCCCAAGGUCGCAGCAUGCGUGUCGCUGUUUUCGCUUGACAAACACGACGCCAUUCCAGUUGACACUCACGUAUGGCAGAUUGCCGUGCAAUAUCUCAAACCCGAGCUCGCCGGACAACGCCUCACAUCCAAAAUGCACAGCGCCGUGGCGCAGGCGUUUGUAAGCCGUUUCGGAGCGUACGCUGGCUGGGCUCACGCUGUUCUGUUCAUUGCGGAGCUGUCUUCGCAUCAAAAGCUUCUUCCAUCACAUUUACAUACUCAGAGGAGGCCACGAACGAGUAAAAACAGCAAGCGCAACGAAGAUGUUGUUUCUUUGUAAAAUGCUUUUUUCCAGCAGUUGCAAACUAAAACAAAGACACUUAUUUCUACUGAAUACUGGAUUGAAGACGGUGAUAACAAAUGAAUAGCUCAGGUCCUUGGUACAGAACACAGGUCCAAAGUUUGCUGCAUGCGCCUCGCUAUUCUCGCUUGACAAGCACCACGCCGUUGCAUUUUGACGCUCGCCUGCCAGGUUCGCUCUCACACACAUUUUAAACUUAUCGCUUCGUUGGUCAAGCAGCCGGCAACGUCCUUUGAUGAGCAAUGAGAGUGGCACAAAGACUGUGGCUUUCAGGGGAAUCUAAGCUAUCAAAGUCGUUCAGGCUCUCGGUCACGAUUGGUUCGCUCGUCUUGAAGCCAACGCUGGCAAGUUCUAUUCAUUGCGGAGCUGUCUCGGCAUCAGAAGCUUCUUCCUUCACACUUACAAACCCAGAGGAGGACGGGACGAGUAAAAGCAGCAAGCGACACAAAGCUGUAUCUUCGUCGUAAAAAACCACACCACACCACUACCAUCAGUCAUCGCUCUCUCAAAGCAGUGGCCUUCGAGAAACUUUGCCUCGGGAUACCAAAGCUUCCAGGCCGUGCCGAGAGCGCACUGGCCGUAUAUUCCCACGCACGCCAUGGCCCGUGACGUCGUACGGAACAACGAUUUUGGCGAAAGCGACUUGGUUUUUGAGCGGCCAGCUAUACAUACACACACACACACGUAUACGCAUACGCAUACGCUCCAAGCAGUGCUAUCCUUUUCCUCUCGCUCUCUCUCGGGCAGCCAAAGAGGAGGCUUUGAUGGUUUCUCCCCUCUCCUCACUGCCUCUCAGCACUUCCUUCUUUUCUUUCUCCUCUUCCACUUCAAUGCUGCUCACUUCCAGGCUCGUCUGGUUUCUCCUUCUCUUGCAGCUCGUUUGCUCGUCCAGAUCAGAUCUCUUCUUCUCGCAAACUGGAGUAGCAGAGAGCACCGUGGCCUACGCUGAAGCCAGAGCGAGCAGUAGUAGCAUCAAUCGCAGCAAUGAUGCUGUUUGGAGGAGAAUGGUAGAGGAGACAAGAACGCAGCAGGAGGAAGACAUCGAUUACAUUUACUCGGGCUAUGAAAGGCGGCCUCCUCGGACGCGCCGUUCUAGACAUUUUCCUUAGCAGCAGCUGCUGGAAGAAGCUACUUUAGACCACUACAUGCAGGCGCAGAAAGAAUGUCAUGGAUUCAUCUCGCUCCCUCCGGUUUUUUCCUCUCCAUCUCUCUCUUGGAAAUCUUUCGCAGGCCGCAGCGAGAGAGAUCUCUCUUCCAAAUUCCAUGUCUCGCCGCUGGCCGUGGUGAAAGGACGUGAAGAAAAGACCGUGGCUUUUGUCGCCCUGUCUGGAAAAGGGAGCUCAAAUUUCCUCGUCCAUAGCUCUUUUCUUUAAGGACGCAGCCUUGAGCAAAAUGCUGCCUAGCUAGACCUUUGUAUUUGUAUACUACUGCCAAAAAGGAGGCAUAUUUUUUAAUUUU